CAGUGACAUUUAAUGGUAUAACUAAAAAGGUACGCCUCUACAUUUUACCUAAAGGAGGACCACCUUUGUUUGGUAGAUCCUGGAUCCAAGCAUUGGGCAUGCCAAAGUUACCACAACAGUUACCACUUAACAAACUGCUGGACCAAAGUGGGAAUUCAAAUUCUUCUUGGAUUAAUUCACUAAAGCACAAAUAUAAGACUGUAUUUGAUGGGAACCUAGGUUUAGUGAAAGACAAGCAGAUUCAGCUUCACCUAAAAGAAAAUGCUAUUCCAAAAUUUUGUAAACCAAGAGUUGUACCAUUUGCACUUAAACCUAAAAUUGAAGCAGAACUAGAAAGACUACGAAAUCAGGGGAUUAUUGUUCCAGUUUCUAGCAGUGAAUGGGCUUCCCCAAUAGUUCCUGUCAGAAAAAAGAAUGGGGACAUUCGCAUCUGUGGAGAUUUCAGAGUGGGCCUUAACCCUCAAUUACUUGUGGACCAGUAUCCUUUACCACGGAUUGAAGAAUUGUUUAGUUCUCUGGCAGGGGGUGAAAAAUUUACAAAAAUUGACUUGCAUCAAGCAUACUUACAAUUAGAGGUGCAUCCAGACUCCAGACACCUGUUAACUAUCAACACUCACAAAGGACUUUUUCAGUAUACGCGGAUGGUGUUUGGCAUUGCCCCAGCACCUGCAGUGUGGCAACGGAUAAUGGAUGAGAUCUUGGCAGGUAUUCCACAUACCCACUGUAUGUUAGAUGACAUGCUUAUCACUGGUGAAAAUGAUGCUGCUCAUAAAGCCAAUGUUGAAGCUGUUUUACAACGCCUACAGGAAUUCGGACUGAAAGUUAACAUGGAAAAGUGUGAGUUCUUCUGCAAGAGUUUAGAAUAUUGUGCACAUGUAGUGGACAAGACUGGUCUACACACAACUGCUGAAAAAGUGAAAGCGCUGGUUCAAUAA